UUUAUAAACUGUGAGUUGGGAGGAAGAAUAUUGUAUAUUUAUCUAUAAAUAAAGAGCUAAAAGAAGUAAAAGUUCUCAAACCAAACCAGUGAUCAAUUAGAAAGAAGAUAUGGAUGUCAUCUCUUCUUCACUCUUCCUUUUCUUCUUCUUCUUACUUUCACUAAAGCUCUUCUUCUUCAAACCCAAAACCCCCAACUUCCCUCCUUCACCCCCAAAACUUCCCCUCAUCGGCAACCUUCACCAAAUAGGUCCUUUACCACACCAAUCCAUGGCAGCUCUUUCCCAAAAACACGGCCCUUUAAUGCUUCUAAAGCUAGGCCAAGCUCCUGUCCUUGUAAUUUCCUCAGCCAAAAUGGCUGAACAUGUCUUGAAAACCCAUGACCUCAACUUCUCCAACAGACCCCAAACCACCGCUGCAAGAAUCUUGCUUUACGGAUGCCGAGACCUGGGUUUUGCUCCAUACGGCGAAUUCUGGCGACAAGCAAGAAAAAUUUGUGCUCUUGAGCUUUUCAGUAUCAAAAGAGUUGAGUCUUUUCAAUAUGUUAGAGAUGAAGAAAUUGAUGUUCUUAUUAAUAAGAUUCGUAAGAGUAUGAGUGAGGAGAGUGUGGAUCUUGGACGUUUGUUUUUUCAAACUUCUAACGAUAUUGUUUCAAGAUGUGUUUUGGGACAGAAAUUUGAGGAUGAAAAUGGAAAUAGUAGAUUUGGGAAAAUAUCGAGGAGGGUUAUGGUGUUAAUUACGGCGUUUUGUGUUGAGGAUUUUUUCCCUUCAUUUGGGUGGAUUAUUGAUGUGAUUAGAGGAUUUGAUUGGGAAUUGAAAAAUUGCUUCAAAAUAUUAGAUGGGUUUUUCAGUAAAGUGGUUGAAGAACAUAAGGAGAAGAUUAUUAGAGGAGGUGGGAUUAAUAUUGAUGAUUAUAAGUCUAAGAAGGAUUUUGUGGAUAUUAUGUUACAUCUUCGACAAGAUGACAAGUUGGACUAUCAUUUCUCUCUUGACAACCUUAAAGCAAUCGUCUUGGAUAUGUUUGUUGGUGGAAGUGACACAACAGCAACAGGAUUGGAAUGGACAAUGACAGAGCUGAUGAGAAAACCAAGAAUCAUGAAGAAAGUCCAAGAAGAAGUUAGAACAAUAAUUGGCAAGAAAUCAAAGAUAGAAGCAGAAGAUAUUAAAAAAAUGGAGUACAUGCAAUGUGUCAUUAAAGAAUCUCUCAGACUUCACCCGCCUGCUCCUCUUUUACUGCCAAGAGAAACAACGACGGACGUUGAGAUUGAAGGUUACUAUAUUCCAUCAAAAACAAGAGUAUUUGUUAAUGCUUGGGCCAUUCAAAGAGACUCUCAAUCUUGGGAUAACCCGAAUGAGUUCAUUCCUGAGAGAUUUAUGGACAAAACUAAUUUAGCUGAUUAUAAAGGCCACCAAAUUGAGUUCAUUCCAUUUGGAAGUGGAAGAAGAAAGUGUCCUGGAUUGUCAUUUGGGAUUGCUUCUUUUGAAUUUGCUCUGGCUAGUAUGCUUUAUUGGUUUGAUUGGAAGCUUCCUAAUGGUUGUGAAUCAUUGGAUGUUGAAGAAGAAUAUGGACUAACUGUUCGUAAGAAAAUUCCCCUCCGUCUCAAGCCUAUUCCUUAUGUGGUCUAAUAUUUGAUGAUUCAUUCUAUCUAUAAUAUGUUGGAUAAAAUUUGUUUUAUAUCAAAUUAAUGUACCGGAGUUUUUGGGACUUUAAGGUGGAUGCUCGAUAUAUCUUUGUGUUUGUAUC